UGCAGUGCAGGGGCGGACGCGGCCACCUCGGGCGGCGGGGGAGGCGGGGCGGCCCCAGAUAAAUGGCUCAUUUAAAUUGGGAGCUACUAAAAUACUCUCUGGCUGGCAAAUGCAGUGCCUAGCAGCAGUCAUCAAGGACGAACCAAACAUGAGUGGAGGAGGGGAGCAGGUCGACAUCCUUCCGGCCAAUUAUGUGGUCAAAGAUCGCUGGAAAGUGUUGAAGAAGAUUGGUGGCGGUGGCUUUGGGGAGAUUUAUGAGGCAAUGGAUCUGCUGACCCGGGAGAAUGUGGCCUUGAAGGUGGAAUCAGCCCAGCAGCCCAAGCAAGUUCUCAAGAUGGAAGUGGCUGUCCUGAAGAAGCUGCAAGGGAAGGAUCAUGUUUGCAGAUUUAUUGGCUGUGGAAGGAAUGAAAAAUUUAAUUACGUGGUCAUGCAACUUCAGGGCCGAAAUCUUGCAGAUCUCAGAAGAAGUCAGCCUCGAGGGACUUUCACGCUGAGCACAACACUGCGAUUAGGCAAACAGAUUCUGGAGUCAAUAGAAGCCAUUCACUCCGUGGGAUUCCUGCAUCGUGACAUCAAGCCUUCCAAUUUUGCCAUGGGCCGCUUACCUUCAACGUACAGGAAAUGCUACAUGUUAGACUUCGGUCUGGCCCGUCAGUAUACCAACACCACUGGUGAAGUCAGGCCACCUCGCAACGUUGCUGGUUUUCGAGGAACAGUCCGUUAUGCUUCAGUGAACGCACACAAAAACCGAGAGAUGGGUAGACAUGAUGAUCUGUGGUCCCUCUUUUACAUGUUGGUGGAGUUUGCAGUUGGUCAGCUUCCAUGGCGAAAGAUCAAAGAUAAGGAACAAGUUGGCAUGAUAAAAGAAAAGUAUGAACACCGAAUGCUGCUAAAACACAUGCCUUCAGAGUUCCACCUGUUUCUGGAUCAUAUUGCAAGCCUGGACUACUUCACUAAGCCAGACUAUCAGCUAAUCAUGUCCGUGUUUGAGAACAGCAUGAAAGAAAGAGGCAUCACUGAAAAUGAAGCCUUUGACUGGGAGAAGGCUGGUACAGAUGUCUUGUUGUCCACUAGCACCUCUACUCCACCACAGCAAAACACCAGGCAAACUGCAGCCAUGUUUGGGGUGGUUAACGUCACUCCAGUACCUGGGGAUUUGCUUCGUGAGAACACUGAGGAUGUCCUACAGGGUGAACAUCUGAGUGAUCAAGAGAAUGCUCCUCCCAUCCUGUCAGGCCGGCCAGCAGAAGGUCUUGGCCAGACACCAAACACUGCUUUCAAUGAGGCUGAAGUUUGGGAAGAGACAGAUGUGAAUCGCAACAAACUCAGGAUCAGCAUCAGCAAAACUCAGUGCAUGGUGGAAGAGGAGCAGAGAAAUGGUGUCUGCCCCAGCUCUCCUGUCCGAGUGCCUCCGGAGUCCCCUACUGCGCAAGCGCGCUCCCUAAGAUACCGCCGUGUGAACAGCCCUGAGUCAGAACGCCUCUCCACUGCUGAUGGCAAAGCAGAUAUACAUGAAAGAAGGUCUCGAAUGGAUUUACCUGGCUCUCCAUCACGGCUUGUGUGCUCCUCCCAGCCAGCCCAGAUGCUGUCCAUUGACACUGGCCAAGCUGACCGGCAGGCAAGUGGUAGGAUGGAUGUGUCUGCUUCAGUGGAACACGAAGCCCUUAGCAAUGCCUUCCGCUCAGUGCCACUUGCAGAGGAGGAGGACUUCGAUAGCAAGGAGUGGGUUAUCAUUGAUAAGGAGACAGAGCUGAAGGACUUUCACCCAGGUGCUGAGCCAAGCACCUCUGGAACCACGGAUGAGGAGCCCGAGGAGCUAAGACCUAUUGAAGAUGGUGAGGAGAGGAGGCGCUUGGGGGCAGAUGCUGCAGUCAGGCCGAAGACGCAUGAUGGGCGAAGUCGGGGUAUGCAGCCUGUGACUGAGGAGGACAGUUCCCACAGACAUGAAGGACCUUCUCAAACAGUGUCUGACAGUAAACACGAACAGCAGGCAGGAAGUCCAGCCCACUCCCCCCUACACUCAGCACCAGCGAUCCGACAAAGGAGACGAGAAUCUGAACCUACUGGUCCUCAGAGACAGGCAUAUACACUGAAGUCAUUUGAAAUGAAUGGUCUGCCCAAGGCGGUGCCUUUAAGUUUGCCUUAUCAAGACUUCAGAAAAGAUGUGUCAGACUACUGGGAGAAGCCUAAAGUAUCCCAGCGGAUAAAGAGAGUUGAUUUCUCAAAUGUUGUCUUGACUGCUCCUUGCAAACCCCUGGAACCUUAUCUGGAAAUGAAUGGAAAAGAGGAGGAGGAAGAAGAUGAGGAAGAAGACGAGGAGGAAGAAGAAGAUGAGGAGGAAGCAGAGGAGGAAGGGGAUGAGAUUGACAUGCAUAGUGGUUCCAGCAGUGACCUGAGUCAAAAAAGCACAGAGCGCAGCCAGGAGUGUGCACCAUCCACACUCCUGGCCGAUGACCAGAAGGGAUCCAAGGGUCGGGCUUCCACGGCUGAUGGGGACCUGGAACUGGAGGAAGGCUCGAAAACACUAGUGCUGUUUUCACCAGGUGAUCUGAAAAAGUCCCCGGUGACCACAGACUUGGCUCCAGAAGUUGAUCUGGGGACUCUUGCUGCACUGACACCUCAGAGCGAGCGGCCGCAGCCGAUGGGUAGCCAACUAGAUGUAUCUGAGCCAGGGACCCUGUCCUCAGUCCUUAAAUCUGAACCAAAGCCUCCCGUGGCAGUGGCUACAGCUUCUUCCCCAUUUACCAAAGUUGAGCGCACAUUUGUUCAUAUAGCUGAAAAGACCCACUUAAAUGUCAUGUCUUCCAGCGGCCAGCUGAUGAGACAUGAGGAGUACUGCCCUCCAGGCCAGUUUGAAGAGGUGAUUAUUGAAGAGGAGCUGGAAGAUAACCUGGUGCUGGUAGAGAAUGGAAGCAUCCAUUCGGGGCUAGAAGGGGCAGAGACAGAGAGCUGUGCACUUUCGGCUAAUCACAUUGAAAUCACCUCGGAGACGGUGGGAGAGCAGCUGGCCAUUCCUAAUGGCAUAGCAAAGCCUCCUGAGGACAAGCCAGAGUCCUCAGACAAAGUAGCACUCUCGCUGGAUUUGGAAGAGCCUGCUAAGGUUGUCACAAAGGAGCCUGACCUUGAGAAGUCAGCAUCAGUAACAGAACACCUUAAGCCAGCAGAGAUCCUCCUGGACACACCACAGCAGGGUCCCAGGAGGCCUCUGGGCUCUAGAUAUAGAAGUCGGAUACCCAUUUUGUUCUCCGAGGAGGACACCGGCUCAGAUCUUUCAACUUCACUCUCAGCCAAAGAGAGGCUUUAUAAGAGGGCAAAGCAACCUGACUUGGCUCGUCUCGUGAUGGAGAAGAGGCAAAACCGCCUCCUUAGGCUGGCCUCAGGGGCGUCCUCCUCAGCAUCCUCCAGCGAUGAGAGGCGGCGGGCCUCAGAAACCCUGUCAGCCACCGGUUCUGAGGAGGACACCCAUGACUCUGAUGACUCCAUCCCACGAAAGGCAGGGAAGGAGAAGGCUGGCCUCCUGGGGAAAGAAGAGAAACUCAUAAGCACAAAGAGCAGAAUUCCUCGGCCCAUCACGCCAGUGAAAACACCGCUAGAGGCAAUGAAGUCUGAGAGCUCCACAGCCGUGGCAAUGGCAGUGCUGUGUAGCUCCCCACAGGAUGCAGCUGUUGCCCACAGGCUUCAGGCACAGAGACCAGCUGGAAAUGUCCCAAACGAUUGCCGAACAACACAGACACAAAGUCAGCUUCCUCCUUCACCAAGUUCCACUUCUCUUCCUCCACGGAGCAGCUCACGGAGGUCCAGUUGUGCAUCCCCUCGGAGCCCUGUUCUUCCUUCAAAAAACCCCAGUGCUUCCCCCAGAAGCCAGUUGCUGCCUCGGAAGGAAAGUCCUUCUCCCUGCCGGCAGCAUAAGCCAGGGACUGCUCUUCAGCGAGUUCCACCUUCCCCCCGACCUCAGCCCCAAGCUCAGGCCCUGGGGCCAACAGGAGACUCCCUGCCCUCUCCUGGCGUGGCCAAAAAACGUCAAAGAGGAAAAACCCAGACUCAGAGUCCAGCAACCAAAGGAAAGCAGGUGUCCCCGGAAAGUAAGGCAGCUGCCAGAUAA